CUAAUCCCAGCAAUGUUACUUGAAGGUGCUGGUGGAGUGGUAAACUAAUUAUAUACAUGCACCAGUCUAUAUGUUCAUCAAUGGUCAUCAUUUUCAGCUCAGGGGUGUUGGCCUUUGGUCUCAAUUUCUCAACUUGUAUGUCAUACAUUCUACUACCGCAGUUACUCUUCCAAUGUCACAGGCAACCUUGAAAGGGCUUCCUUAUGAUUCGUGGAGAGGACAGUCGAUGGAAGGCACGGUGGUCGGGAUCCGACGGUGUCGCUGCAGCCGGCUAUCAGGAGAUGACACGUACGCCAAUCUGCGGAGAGACGUGUCCUGGAGAGAGCUUUUCUCUUGUUCGUGUGUGCCGCUGGUCGGCACACGUAGCUAUAUUUGCGGUGAAGUGAAGUGGAGGGAGAACACGGAUGGAGGAUAGAGGAGGAGAACAGCAGGGAGGAAGAUGGCAGAGUAGGGAUGACAUCAAGCACGGGGCGGCGCAGGCGAAGCUGUCGGACGACGAGAUGCUGCGGGUGGGGUACAAGCACGGCACCCCCUUGGAAAGCGGCAAGAUCUCCGACGCCGAGCCCGUCGACCUGUUCGUCGACGCCCGGCGGAUCUCCGAGGCCACCAAGAACGCACGCCCCGCAGAAGAGGAGCCCAACUCCGGAGGACUAAGCUGUCAAGGAAGCCACCGCACUAGCAAUUAAUGCAAUCACAGUAGCAGUUCUCGCUCUCUCUACCAACGACCACUUGGAUAUCUCAUGUUUUCUUCUCGUCGUCUUCCUGUUCUUCUUCUUCUUCUUUCCAUGCAAGAAUAAGCUGAUCGUGAGUGUAGAAGACACCGUGCUUUAAUUUUCGUGGAAGUUUUAAUGUGAUGUUGGUUCUUCA